AAAUUUCUGGUCUCUUUUAUUCUCUCUUUCACUCUCUCCAAUUUACAGUUUCACACACAAAAUAAGAAACCAAAAAUACAAACAAAAAAACCAAAAAAUUCAUCAAUAUGUCACUGCGUCGUUCUUUUCUCUCACGAAGAAUCAUCAGUCGAUCUUUUACAUUUUCAAAAUCAUUCAAAGAAUUCAAACUUCCAGAAGCUUCUACGAGAGAUGAUUUCGUUGUUUCGAACAAAUUAGGAGACGAGCAAAGCGGCGCCGCCGUUGAAUCGGAUUCCGGCGAUGCGACGUCGUCGUGGUCGAAUAUGUUGCCGGAGAUUCUGGGAGAGAUAAUACAGAGAGUGGAAGCUUCUGAGCAUAGUUGGCCACUCCGUCAAAACGUCGUCGCUUGUGGAUGUGUGUGUAAGAGAUGGAGGCAAGUUACUGAGGAUGUAGUUGAGUCGUCUCUUCAGGCUGGAAAAAUUACUUUCCCUUCUUGCCUUAAGCAGCCUGGGCCUCGAGACUCUCCUCUUCAAUGUUUCAUCAAACGUGACAAGAAGAACGCAACCUUUUACCUGUAUCUUGCUCUUUCACCCUCGUUAAUGGACCAGGGGAAGUUCCUCUUAGCAGCCCGGAGGUACAGAAAUGGUGCUCACAUUGAAUAUAUAAUAUCUCUUGACGCAGAUGAUUUGUCUCAGAGAAGUAAGGCGUAUGUUGGGAAGUUAAGGUCGGACUUUCUUGGAACCAAUUUUACCAUAUAUGAUAGUCAACCCCCACACAAUGGGGCAAGGCCAUCAAGCAGCCGGUCUUGUCGACGUUUUGCAAGCAAGCAAAUUAGUCCCCAGUUACCAGCUGGUAAUUUUGAAGUGGGAAGUGUUUCCUACAAGUUAAACUUGUUGAAGUCAAGAGGACCAAGGAGGAUGAUAAGUUCACUCAAGUGCCCUUGCCCUGGAGAAGCUGUUAUGGACAAAUCUCAGGAUGCUCCGAAGCAGCAGCAGCCUGGUUCCGCAGAAACCAGCUCCACAGUUCUGAAAAACAAAGCUCCACGGUGGCAUGAGCAUUUGCAAUGUUGGUGUUUAAAUUUCCACGGCAGGGUCACCGUUGCAUCUGUGAAAAACUUUCAGCUAGUUGCAACGAUGGACCAAAGCCAACCUGGUGGAAAAGGUGACGAGGAUACAGUUAUCCUCCAGUUUGGGAAAGUAGGAGAUGAUAUUUUUACAAUGGACUACAGGAAGCCUUUGUCUGCUUUCCAAGCGUUUGCAAUUUGCCUGACCAGUUUUGGUACAAAAUUGGCCUGUGAAUAGAUUCUUAAGAACUGUUGGUAAUAUGCUUUCCUAGUUUGUUUUCUUUUUCUUUGGGUUCACAUUGACACUUUUUAUUUAAUCUAGUAUACUCUACUCAACUUAAUUCUACGUUU